UGGCCCUUGCGGCUCACACUCACAUGCCUCCCCUCCCCAGGCCGAGGCUCAGCUGACCCCCCGGGGCUCCCCUGGCAGCGGACAGGGAAGGGUUAAAAGGCCCCUUGGCUCCCUGCCCCCUGCCCUGGGGAACCCCUGGCCUGUGGGGACAUGAACUGUGUUUGUGGCCUGGUCCUGGUGGUGCUGAGCCUCUGGCCAGAUAGAGCUGUUGCCCCUGGACCGCCAUCUGGCUACCCUCGAGCCUCUCCAGAUCCUCGGGCAGAACUGGACAGUGCAGUACUUCUAACCCGCUCCCUCUUGGCAGACACUCGGCAACUGGCUGCACAGCUGAGAGACAAAUUCCCAGCAGACGGGGACCACAACCUGGACUCCCUACCCACCUUGGCCAUGAGUGCUGGGACAUUGGGAACCCUGCAGCUUCCAGGUGUACUGACAAGGCUUCGAGUAGACCUACUCUCCUACCUUCGGCAUGUACAGUGGCUGCGUCGAGCAGGUGGUCCUUCCCUUAAGACCUUGGAACCAGAACUGGGUGCCCUGCAAGCCCGGCUGGACCGGCUAUUGCGCCGUCUGCAGCUCUUGAUGUCUCGUCUGGCCCUGCCCCAGGCACCCUCAGAACAUCCGGUGGCCCCCCUGGGUGCCCCUGUCUCAGCCUGGGGAAGCAUCCGGGCAGCUCAUGCCAUCUUAGGAGGGUUGCACCUGACCUUGGACUGGGCUGUUCGGGGGCUGAUGCUGUUGAAGACUCGGCUGUGACUUGGGACUCAAAGUCUCCAUCGACAUCAUCUUUUAAAGCCAGAUCUUAUUUAUUUAUUUAUUUUGGUACUUAGGGGUAGGUCGUGAUUGGGUCAGGGGCAUGCCACUCCCCAAUCUACCCCCCACCCAGCUAGAUACAGUCCCUUCAGGAAACUGGGGUGGAUGAGGAACCUUUGCCUUAUUUAUACUUAUUUAUUUCAGGAGUGGGGGUGGGUGGGAGGCGGGUGGAUCUGAGUCCCUGAGGAGUAGGGAACUGGGAUCCUGGAUUCUUGGAUCUCUAAGAAAUCAUCCACAGUGUCUUCCUAGCUUCCUACAUUUAUUAUUUAUUAAACAGUCACUUUUUACGUUAGAAUGGGGAGGGAAGAGAAAAAGAAGACUGGGGUUUUAAGCAAAAAUGUGAGAAACUUUUGUGAGACAGAGAAGGGGAAUUUAAAUCUGACAUACAUAUCUACUUAAGGGGUGAUCGCUGGGACAGCUGGGGCAAGAGGUCCUGAGUGGACAGAACAGGGGCAACAGACUGAUUGUUGGUGGCUCAGGUAACUCUGUGGUGCAGGAUCUGAAUAGCUUGACCUGGCACCCAACACUUCGUAGGUCCUCAACAAAUAUUUAAAAGAAAAUUCCAGAAUGUCACUUUAUGACUAAUAGCACCUACAUGGUAUGAAGCUGCAAAGUUCAAGGUUGUUUGGCGAUGUUCAUUAUAGCAAAUUGGAAACAACCUAGGUGUCCAACAGUGGGGGAUGGAGGUAUAAAACAGGAUGCAUCCAAAUAGUGGAAUACCAGAUAGUCAUAAAAAAGGGAAGCUCCUUGGGCAUCGAAAUUUCCUGUGACACGAAAACAACAGACAGCAGAACAACUGUGUGACCCCAAUUUAUUUUUAACUUUAUAUAUAUAUAUAUAUAUAUAUAUAUAAAUCCUACAGGGAAGGACACCAAAAUGUUGAUAAUGCCCGUCUCAGGAUUGAAGACGUGAGAUGGGAUUGUGGGUGACUUUUAUUGUUUGUGCUUGUAUUUUCCUUAGUUUCUACCGUGACUGUAUUUUGCAUGACACAUUUAAAAACAAUAAUAAACACUAUUUUUA